AUGGCACCAACCAAUUUCAAGACGUACGAGUCUCAGGCUAGGCUGCUCGCCGCAGUUAUUGCUAGUGCUCCGGACUUGAAGCUUAACUUCAAAGCCAUUGCGGCUCACUAUGGCUCUGACACGACCACAUGCGGCAUUGAGCACCGCUUCCGGCCCAUCAAGAAGCAGGCCGCAGCAAUCCGUGCGGCCGUCGCCAAGGGUGAAGACCCAAAGGAUAUGCAGGACAUUGUCGGCAUGAAUGAGAAGGAAAUCGCCAAGUACUACGGUGAAUCUACCCCCCAGGGCCUCGAAUUCCAGUUUCGCUCGGUCAAAUCCAACGCGCGUAAACUCCAAGAAGUCUCCCGAGCCGGCGGCAACACCGCCACAGCCCUGGACACAACCCCUUCGACCCCGCGUAAACGCAAAGCCGCAGGCUCCGCCACCGCCACCCCUGCCUCGAAGCGGGGCAAGAGGAAGACGGCGCCCAAGAUCGAAAUGCUCAGCGACGAUGACUACGACCAGGACGUUGAUUAUGACGAGUUAGACGCAAAACCUCGCGUACCCACCCAAACCCCGGCGUCUCUUGUGCCCGCCAGCAUUACACACAGCGGACCGGACGCAUAUAAUAUCGGCACAAAUUCCAACGAUGGCGCCGCGCGGGCUUUGGACAAUUCGACGGUCGACAACGAGUCGGUUUUGGAGCGCGAGGCGGAUCCACUGCUUUCGCAGCAUUCGUUGGGCAGCUUCGAUGCUGUCGAGGACGAUGGCGAAUGUUAA